AUGGAUUUUGAAAGCGAGGAGGACAUAGAGAUAAACGCAUUUGAUCAAAGUGAAACUCUGCAUCAGCCGAAGCGAAGAGCUCUUCGUCCUUCUGCUAAACAUCAGCGAUCCAAAGCCGCCGAAGCACGACCUCAAGCUCAACGUGUCAAUGUCAUCCGAAACCAUCCUUACCAACGGAUGGCCUACCCCCAACCGCGGCAAGGAGGACAUUACCAAUUCCGACACAUAGCUCCGCCGGCAAAAGACUCGCCUUUGCCGCGCCCUGUUCAUCAACCCAGGCCUACAACUGGACAACCUCUCCUUCGAAGUAUCCUUGAGAUACCACAGCAAUCCAUCCAGCAUUCACCUAGCCAAAAUGUUCAAGGGCCCACCGGCCCAAAGACCUCUUCUUACAGGCUCAACCACUCAAAGAAUCCGUUAUCAGGGCCCAACGACCCCAAGAACCCCUUUCCAGAGCAAAAGUAUUCCCCAACCGUCCCCCAGCCCUUGCAACGCACUCCUCUCGUGCGAGCAACCCUCAGAGAUCAAAAUAUGAAUCUCGCACCCACCCAAAGACUCCCUUUUCAGAGCCCAAAUAUUCAACACCCAACCGUUAUCCAGCCCAUGCAACGCACUUCUGUCGUGCGUCAACCCCUUCAAAAUCACAAUAUAAAGCACCCACCUACCCAAAAACCGCCUCUUCAGGGUCCAAAUAUUCACCCAACCUUUACCCAGCCAAUGCAGCGCGCUCCUGUUAUGCACUCACCUCUCCAAGGUCAAAAUCCUAAGUACCAACUUACGCAAAGGCCCCCUUUCCAGAGCCCAAAUAAUCAUAACCGACCCGUUCCCCAGCCAAUGCAACGCGCCCCUGUCGUGGGACCGCCCCUUCAAAAUCAAAAUAUGAAGCAUCCAGCUACCCAAAGAUCGCCUGUCCAGGGCCCAAAUAAUCAACACCAGCAAGCCAACCAGCCCAUGCAACGCGCUUUCGUCCUGCGACCAAGCCUCCUAGGUCAACAUCUUCAACGCCAAGCAGUCCAACGUGCGUCUGCCCAAGCUCAACGCUGCUCUAUUAAAAACUGCCAGAAUUGCCAGAGCGCCCACCGCCAGCCCAUGCAACAACGACCUACGCAGCCAGAGGAAGUGCCCAAAAGCAAAUUGGGAGUCCCAAUUGUCGGCCCUCGCCUGGAUAAUCUUCCUCCUGGAUUUCGACAUGCACCACGUCCGGAUUAUUCUCAAAAGAUGAAUCUACCUCUCAAAAGUCCAAGCACAGAUCCGAAAAGCAAAAAUCGCUUCAUACCGCACCCACUAAUCUCUCCAGCAAAGCAGGCUCCAAACGGAGCGAUAAUUCCUCCUGGAGUCGAUCGACCCUUCAAGAUCAUUCCAGAAAUUCAGUGCAAGGACCCUUACCAAGCGCCAAACAUUGCGGACAAGAAGCAGUGUGGCUAUCUUUACGCGGAAACGUCGGUUCGGAAUCUGAAAGGACUCGUGGACGGGAAUAAGAUGCUCUUGUCAGUUCCUAAAGGAGGUCCCCUCCAGGGAAUGCCAUCCCCACGAGAUAUUCUUAGAAUCGUUCAUGCUCAGGCGCCACCAGAGCUUAACGAAAACUUUCAAAUUUACAUGAAGGCCUUGAAGUCCCAUUACCUCGCCUCUCAGGAACGAGAAGCAAAAGAAAAGAAAGAAGAAGAAAUGAAGAAAAUAAACGAUGAAAUGAUGAGGAAACAGAACGAAAAAGCGAUGGCGUCAGGAAACGAGCCAGUAUAUUUUCCGAUAAGCGACCCUGAAUCGGAAGAAGAAAGAUUGGUUAUUGUGGAGGAGGAGGAAGAUAUUGAGAAUCAAGAACCUCGUCCAAAACGUCACCGGUCCGACCCACAAAGCCAAAAAAGCGGAUUCAAAGUCGACGUCGAGCUUUUCGACCGAAUGCCAAACGGCGACAUCGUCAAGGGCGCCAUCAACUUCUGGUCGAACAUCGAAGACGAAGGUGGCGACAUCGUUGUUCUCAUUGGAGUGUCUGUGGGAAUCAUCGGCACUAAAAUGGGCCCAUUCGGCAAAAUUCAAUACUACGGGUCGAACCGACGAAGACAUGUGCUGGUCUACCAGAAUGAGAGUCUUCUGACCAAAGAUCCUGUCGCUUUCAAGCUCGGCUCCGCGAUGAAGUUUGAUCCCCAUGAUCCCGUGCUCACUGGGAGAAAUUUCGCGAGAGAAGGAAAAUUCGAGGGUGAGAUCUCCAGCCGAGUGGAGAAACUCGUGGAGAAGCACGAAGAAGAGAUGAAGUCGGCGAGGAAGAAAUUCGUGGUCGGAAUCGUGGAAGAGGAUGAUAACUCGAACGUCCCGGCUCUUCUCCGCAUCAGGACCAAGGACUUGCUCUCGAAAAUCUUCAAAAACGACGCGCCAGAAACCAUCAAAUUUUUCGAGCAAGAAAUUUGGGAGGCGAAGAUACAAGAAUCCCUCCGCAAACGAAACUGCCGAUUAGAAACUGCGCCUCUCAAGAACACCAAGCAGAGUAAGAUGAUAACUGGGCAAGUCUUUUACCUGACUUUGUCGGAUCUGGCGAAAGAAGCGAUCCCAGCUCUCAAAGAAAAGCUGAAGCCAGACACAUGCAUCAUCCUCAGCCGCGAUUGCAUCGAGACAAUUCGUGGCGGAAACAUGCUCGAGUACCAGAUGCGAUGGGAAGGCGGCUCCUAUCCAGAGGGAGCGAUUCAAACAGGUCACCUCAGCGAAAUGGCUUUCAACGCUGCUUAG